AUGGAAUUCCGGGUGCAGCUCUCGGAUGCCAUCCAGCAGGUUAAUGCACCAGUGUUCACGAACUGCGAUAUUCAGCCCAAGAGUAUUGUCAUCCGCGCAAGCGACGGACUUCCCGUCUUCACUGACUGGGAGUUCGCAGGCUGGUUCCCGCCGUACUGGGAGAAUGUGGUUAUCGCAGAAAGACUGAAUCAGGAUGCGUGGAUCGCAGAGGACUGGGUUACAGUGAUGAAGUCAAUCUUCCCCGAGUAUGCGCCAGCACAGAAGGUUAUUGCAGCAGCAGAAGUUGCCAGUUAA